AUGGUGGGCUGCGAUUGCUGCAAGCUGUGGUUCCAUGCUCGGUGCGUCAACUUCAAUCCGGCUGACAAGAAGUCGGGGAAGAAAUGGUACUGUCCGGACAAGGACUGCCAGAAGAAGAAAAAGACUAAGAAGUCUGUUGAGGUACCGCUCCCAGUGCCCCCCGAGUUGCAAGAAAAGCUGGAUGCUUUGGAAGAAACUCGGAAGCGUGCGGAAGCGGAACAGGAGAUGACGCGAGUCCUGAAGGAGAAGGAGUUUGAACUGGCUGCUUAUCUUCAGGAGCGUCAGAUGAAGAUCGACGAAGAGCUCCGCGAGAAGGAAGCCAAAAGGGCUGAGGAACUUCGCGAGAGGGACUUCAAGCGGCGCGAGGCCGAUCUAGCGGCGGAGAUGGUGAAGAAGGAGGAGCACCUGAAGCGGAUCCAACAGCUGGAAACAACGUUCCGGGACAAAAGCGCCUCCAUCGACAAGCUGCUGAAAAACAGUAGUACUCCGCUAAGAAACCCCGAAGUCAAACCGCUGACUGAAGGAAACGUCGCUAAACACGACGGCCGCGAAGAUCCUGAGGUCAAUCCGGCGAAACCUGGAGACAUUCCGGAUAAUCCUGGGACCAAUCCGGGAACUCCUGGAAGCAAUCCGGGUUCGACGAAAUCGUCUAAGAAACCGGAGUCCUCGUCGGAUAGUUCGUCGGCGUCCAGCGUCUCGACCGACGCCAACGGUGACGGAAAGAGCGGAAAAACGGCAAAGUCGACCACAGUUGAUGUGUCCAAGCCAGACGGGCUGGGGCUGCACGGAUCGGGUCCAACGAAGGCCCAGCGAGCUGCACGACAAGGGCUGACAAGGAAGCUGCCAGACUUCCACGGCAAGCCAGAAGAGUGGCCAUUGUUCUUCGCGGCCUACCAAGCGUCAAACGAAGCCUGCGGGUACACGGACGUGGAAAAUCUCGUGCGACUACAGGACUGCCUGAAAGGCAGAGCGCUCGAGGAGGUGCGUGGCCAGCUCAUUCUGCCCAAGUCGGUUCCGCGUGUGAUCGCCAAGCUUCGCCAGAUCUACGGCCGCCCAGAAGUGCUGCUGCAAAGCCACCUGCAACGAGUGCGCAAGCUGGAGCCGCCGAGAGCGGACAAGUUGGGAUCGUUCAUCCCGUUCGGCAAUGCAGUGGAACAAUUGUGCGAACACAUCGAAGCCGCAGAACUAACGGCGCAUCUGGUCAAUCCGAUCUUGAUCCAGGAACUCGUCGACAAGCUCCCGGACGGGGAGAAGAGGAGUUGGGUGCACUACAAGCGCAAGAAGCGCGAGGUGAAUCUGCGUACGCUCACCAACUUUCUCUCGAAGAUCGUCGAGGACGCGUGCGAGGCGACGGUCAACCUAGACUACAAACCGGACAAACAGCAAAGGCCGUGCAAGGCGUGCCAGUGCACGGACCAUCGGCUGUGGAACUGCGAGGACUUCAAGAAGCUGCCCUACGAAGAUCGAGCGAAGAUGGCGACGAAGUGGAAGCUUUGCCAACGCUGCCUGAAUGACCACGGCGGCCAAUGCAAGCUCAAACUUCGCUGCAACGUCGGAGAGUGUCGCGAGCCGCACAAUGCUUUGCUUCAUCCGGAGACCAGGGCAGUCGGCAUGAACGCACACAUUACGUCCACGAGUCCCGUGCUGUUCCGGAUGCUCCCGGUAAAAGUCUACUGCGGUGAGAGAUCAAUGAUCGUGCUCGCUUUCCUCGACGAGGGUUCGUCCCUCACCCUGAUCGAAAGUGGUCUAGCCGACCGUUUGGGGCUGUUGGGGACGAAGGAGAAGCUCACCAUCAAGUGGACGGCCAACGUCACACGAGUGGAACAACAUUCGAGGCGGACAAAUAUUUGGGCGUCGGCGAUCAACGGGACGAAUGGCGAGAAGCUGCUGCUGCAAUCUGUGCGUACGGUGGACAAGCUGAUGUUGCCACGCCAAACACUAAAUGCUGCUGAAGUUUCGUCACACUACGAUCACUUGCGCGGGAUUCCGAUGGAUUCGUACGACGGUCGGCCAGGAAUGCUGAUCGGGUUGAAUAACAUUCAUUCGUUCGCACCGCUGGAAACGAAGGUCGGCACGAUUGUCGAUCCGGUGGCAGUCCGGUGCAAGCUCGGCUGGACGGUCUACGGACCGCGGGAUGCAGAGUCGGCGGGCGCGAGCUGUUUCCUCGGAUGCCACCAAGAAGUGACGAACGAGGAGCUGCACGAUCUUCUCAAAAGCCACUAUUCGCUGGAAGAAGCGGUGGUGACUGUGCAGCGGGAGUCGGUCGAGGAUCAGCGGGCGAGGAAGAUCAUGGAGGAAACUACGCGUCGCGUGGGUGACCGCUUCGAGACCGGACUGCUGUGGAAGACCGACGACGUCAAGUUCCCGAACAGCUACCCGAUGGCUGUGAAGCGGAUGAAGCAGCUGGAGAAGAAACUUGAGCGUUCGCCGGAAUUGUACAACAACGUCAAGAAGCAGAUUCUGGACUACCAGGCCAAGGGAUACGCCGUUCUACUUGCCGCUCAACGUGGUGGUGAACCCGAAGAAGCCGGGAAAGUUCGGCUGGUUUGGGAUGCGGCGGCGACGAUUGGUGGAGUCUCUCUCAACUCGAUGCUGGUGAAGGGACCAGAUCUGCUCGUGCCACUGGUGUCAGUGAUCUGUGGGUUCCGCGAACGACGAGUUGCCUUCGGCGGGGACAUCCGCGAGAUGUACCACCAGCUGAAGAUUAUCUCCGGGGACAAGCAAGCUCAACGCUUCCUCUUCCGGGACAACAUCAACGAAGAGCCGAAAGUGUACGUGAUGGACGUCGCUACAUUCGGGUCGAAGAGUUCGCCGGCGUCGGCGCAGUACGUCAAGAACCGCAAUGCGGAAGAGCAUGCCGGUCAGUAUCCGGACGCCGUGGCUGCGAUCAUCAAUCGGCACUACGUCGAUGACUAUUUUGACAGCGUCGACACCGUCGAGGAAGCUGUCAAGCGAGCGAAGCAGGUGAGCCACGUCCACAAACAAGGUGGUUUCGAGAUCCGCAACUGGGUGUCCAACUCGCCGGAAGUGCUGACUGCUCUGGGCGAAGAGAAGCCGAUGAGUCCUGUGCUGCUGAAUCAGGACAAGCAAACACCCAGCGAACGCGUACUCGGCGUGCGGUGGGACCCGGAGCUGGACGAAUUCGCCUUCGCCGUGAUGCACCGCGAAGAACUGAUGAAGUACCUGAAAGAGGGGAAAAGGCCAACCAAACGGAUCGUACUGAGCUGCGUGAUGGGAUUUUUCGAUCCGCUCGGCCUGCUGUCGCCGUUCACAAUCCACGGGAAGAUCAUCAUCCAACAUUUGUGGCGAACCGGCUGCAGAUGGGACCAAGACAUUGACGACGAAGCCUGGAUUCUGUGGAAGCGGUGGACGGCACUGCUGCCGGAAGUCGAAGCGCUGCGGUUUCCCCGGAGCUACUUCGGCGAUGCGAUGUCCUCGUCGAUCGAGAGUCUCGAGCUGCACAUCUUCAGCGACGCGAGCGAGCUGGCCUACGGUUGUGCGGCGUAUCUACGCGCGGUCAUCAACGGCCAAGUUCACUGCAGCCUCGUCAUGGCGAGAUCGAAGGUAGCACCGCUGAAACGACAAUCAAUUCCACGUCUGGAGUUGAUGGCGGCGUGCAUGGGAGCGCGCUUGAGCCAGCAGAUCCUCGGAACUCACACGCUGCAAAUCGACCGUACCGUUUUCUGGACCGACUCGAGGACUGUCCUUGCUUGGCUGCACGCAGAUCCCUACAAGUACAAGCAGUUCGUCGCCUUUCGGGUCGGGGAGAUUCUGGAGCUGACGAGACUGGACGAUUGGAGAUGGGUGCCUUCCAAGAAGAACAUCGCAGACGUUCUCACGAAGUGGGGACCUGGACCGCCACUGCAGAACGAUUCGGAAUGGGGGAACGGCCCGGCGAUACUGUUCGAGCAGGAUGACCACGACUCACCGCCUGAGCAGAUCGAGGAGACGAACGAAGACGCACGAGGCGUGGUACUGUUCCACAGGACAGUCAACGUAGAAGCGGUCUCGACGUGGGCAAAGCUGGUGAGGGUGACUGCAACGGCGGUACGCUUCAUCGAAAAUUGUCGUCGCAAAAAGGACGGCCGUCCAGUACUGACUGCAAAGGCCACGAGUCGCCUAGCCAAGCUGGUCAAAGCGCAGCACGAGACGGAUGUUCAACCGCUGCAACAAGACGAGCUGCAGAAGGCCGAGAGGAUUCUGUGGAAGCAAGCGCAGUUCGAGAGCUUCCCUGAUGAGAUGAGCGUGCUGACAAAGAACCUACAGCUGAAACAGGGUGAGUUGCCGGAGAAGAUCGAGCGGUCGAGUCCGCUCUACAAGCUGCUGCCGGUGCUCGACGAGGAUGGUGUUCUGCGCGUUCGUGGAAGGCUGGAGAAGAACGAAUCGAUCCCGUUCGACAAGCGAUUCCCGAUCAUCCUGGGUCGAAAACACGCCGUCACCAAGAAGAUCAUCCAGCACUACCACGAGAAGUACGGUCACGCGAAUCGGGAGACCGUGUUCAACGAGCUGCGUCAGAAGUUCUGGAUUCCGAACGCACGGGCCGCGAUCCUGGAGGUGGUCAAGGAGUGUGUGUGGUGCAAGGUGAACCGUUGCGUGCCGUUCGUCCCAACAAUGGCGCCGCUUCCGGUCGAACGCACUGCAGCAACCAUGCGACCGUUCAGCGCGGUGGGCGUCGAUUACCUGGGACCGGUCGAAGUCACGGUGGGUCGCCGCAGAGAGAAGCGCUGGAUCGCCGUCUUCACGUGUCUAGCGGUCAGGGCGGUGCAUCUCGAAGUGGUCCAUAGCCUCACCACGCAAUCGUGCCUGAUGGCCCUCCGGAGGUUCGCGUGCAAGCGAGGCGUUCCCGAGAAAGUGUUCUCCGACAAUGCUACGUGCUUUCGGGGAGCGGACGCGGCGAUGACGAAGGCGAUCAACAAGGAGUGCGCGGAGCAGAUGACGUCGGCGACCACUGCAUGGUCCUUUAUCCCACCUGGGACGCCCCACAUGGGCGGGGCCUGGGAACGGAUGGUGCGAUCGGUGAAGGAGGCGUUGCGCGCACUCGACGACGGACGAAAGCUGACCGACGAAAUUCUCUCCACAUCUUUGGCGGAGGCCGAAGACAUGAUCAACACUCGGCCUUUGACGUACGUCCCUCAAGAGUCCGCUGAAGAAGAAGCCAUCACGCCAAACCAUUUCCUGCGCGGGACGGUAACGAGCGCGGACCUCAAGCUGGACGAGACGGUGGACACCGCUGCAGCACUACGAGACGUGUACAAGCGAAGCCAGCAGCUGGCGGGCAAGAUGUGGGAGCGGUGGUCGAAGGAGUACCUGCCCUCGCUGAACCGGCGUCCAAAGUGGUUCGAGGAUCGCAAGCCCCUCGAAGCGGGUGACCUGGUGUUCGUGGUCGACGGCAAGAACCGGAAGAGCUGGGUACGAGGUCGAGUGGUCGAGGUGUUCAGCGGGUCGGACGGACGCGUUCGGCAAGCGGACGUGAGGACAGCAGACGGGAAGGUCAACAGGAGAGCAGUGAUUAAUUUAGCGGUGUUGGAGAUCAGGGUCGGUAAGUCCGACGCGCCGGAAGGCCCGACGGAUCUUACGGGCUGGGGUGUUGCCACCGCUGGGAUGGGCACACUGGCCGACGGUGCAACGCCGGCGGUGUAAUCAGCCGAUACCGUCACAGCUGUCAACGCGGGCAAAGAGGACGGAAAAAGUGUGUGUGUGUGGCCACCAGCGUAAACACGCGCGCGGUUUGUUCACCAUUUUCACCUAGCGAAGAACGGACGUGGAACAAGGUUUGGAGGAGAUUAUUUUGCGGAUUUGUUGAGGAAAAAAGUAGUGCAGUAGUUUGAUUAUUAAAUUUAUUGAAACUGUGCUGCGUAGGAGACCUCGAAGAAGUCCAGCGAGCUGCUCUGCCGUUGUACCGUCAGUUGGGGCGAAACUGUACUUUGGUGAUCCGAAGAGUGCAAGAAGGAGGGAAAGGAAGAGGAAGUGGAGGAGUUGUGAAGGAAAGAGGAAAAGUUAACGUAGGAAAGGAGACCAAUUAAGUAAGUUAAAGGGACAAAAAAUGUAAA